GCACUGAUUAUAUUAUGUGCACAGUUUUCCAUUGGCAGAGCAAUAGAAUGAAUAUCGAUGGUCUACAAAAAACAUCGUUUGGUGAAGGAGAAGAAGGCAAAUAUGCAGUGAUUAAGACCAUCCUUCAGUAUCAUCAGAGGGACUUGUUGAAGUAAAAACUCUUGUUGUCCUUACAGAAGAUGAAGUGGGAGUCUUUUGAGAUUGAGCCACGCG